GAUGGCCAGCGCUGCGGUGGAGAGCGAUGGCGCAGCGAUGGAACGCGUUACAAAUCAGCGAUAGCGAUAGCGAUGGCAGCGAUGGAACAGCGAUAGCGAUUGCGCAGCGAUGGCGCACCGGUGGAGAGCGAUGGCGCAACGAUGGCGCAACGGUGGAGAGCAAUGGUGUCCAACUGCUCAUCGACCUCAGGAAGGUCUGCGAGAUCCCGGCUUGGGAAAGAUAUUACAACCACCGCAGUCUAAGUCGCGAAACUGUGGACAACAUCAAGGGUACGAUGUCGAGUCAAUUCCGCGAGAAAAAGAUCUGGACGAAAAACCCUCCGGUUUUGGCACCCAUCUACAAGCCGGUGUCGCGUAGGCCGGAGAAAGCUGACACGGCUCACAAAGAUGUCUUCAAGCCAGAGGACAAGGACAAGUACUACAGUUACCCUGUUAACGGACAACAUACCGUGACUGCUGUGAAGGAUUUGGAGGGUGAGCCAAUAUUCAAUUUGUGGAAGAUGCACUCAUGGCCGGCGAGAGUAGUGUGGUUCUCCGACCGAGAUUUCGCGGGGUAUAGGCAGGUCAGUCUCAACGAGAACACGAGACACAAGAUGUCUAAGCAGCGAUUGCAGAAGGCCGCGUUCUUGGACAUAUGGGAGGCAUGGGAGAAUGAAGGAAGGCCGGUGGCAAUUCAAGGGAACCCUUCGAGCAAGGAGGCCGAAAAACAAAAGUUCUUUGAUUUCCAAAAGCUGAUUUUGGGAAAGAGUCCAAACGGAGCUCACUGGACGUUGGCACAAAAAGAUUCGUCGCUCGCCGACAAGGAGUAUGUCUCUGCAGUUUGCAAUGCAUUGAGGCAGUGGAUGCCACUCGUGACGGCCGGUGACGACGUUUUCCGCAAAACCAUGAAAUUCUACGCAAAAUGGGCGGAGGGGAAGUUGUUGGGCUGCGACGGCAAGACGCCAUUGUCGAGGCCGGGCAAAUACAUGUCAGACAAAUCUCCGGGUCUGCAAGCAAUUCCGAAAACUGGCUCGAAAGGGGCGGCUGGUGAAACAAAGAUAAGGUGGCUGGUACGGGUCCCGCCGCCUCCGACCAAAAAGAAAACGCAAGUGGACAACAAGUUUUUCGUAGUUGUGAAGGAGCCAGACAUGUUCUGUUGGCAGUGUCUUGCUGACAUGACCGAUGCCGAGAAACUGUCGAUCCUUGACGACAUUCUCGCGCUAAGGGGAGUGUUCGUGCAGUCCGCGGGUGGCCAUCUGAAGCGUCGGCACAAACCAGGAAUUAAAGACAUGGUCGCGACGAGGAAAGUGGACUGUGUGAUGCUCCGUAUGUUCCACUACAUCUUGUUCCUUGAAACAAAGGAGGACAAAUGUGUUUGGUGCCACGGGAGCCUUUUUUUUCGGACCGAGGGGAAGCUUCUGAAGGAGUACGGGCUGCAGGGCCUCACGAAACAGGUGUGGGUCGAAAUGCGAAAGCAUUUCCAGGGCGCGGUGGAGUACGUGAACACUUGCAAACGUACUCUUCCGCACGAGAAGGAGUCCCUCGACGACGCAAAGAAAUUGUACGAUGAUGACAGGUUCCCUAAAUCUUUCGAAAAGUCUGUCCGUUCCAUCUUGCGACGGAAGGAAGAAGAAGUUCGAGACACGAUCAGGGUCAGCGGGGAUGUGAGGCACAUCAAAUGGCCCGACCUCAACCGGGUGACCAGCCUUAUUCCUUUCGCUUUCCCGCCUUCCCAAGCUCACAGUCAUGUCACUGCGAUCCAUGAGGUUGUGCGACAUUACGUGUGCAACCUGUACGUCCUCGAUUUGUGUGAUCCCAUACUCCUCACAAACUGGCGAGAAGACGAUUUCGCCAACUUGCAAGGCCCUCUACAAACACUUUCGCCAACGCACUGGGUAUUUCUGAUCUUUUUCCCCUCUUGUUGGGAGCUCAGUUUCUUGAAAGGCAUGGUCAGGCUUAGCGUCCAUCACGUCAGGACAAGGAAGUGGGUAUGUAAUGCACAAAAGCAGGCCACUGUCCGGGAAGGCAAUAUGCUGGUUGAGGAGUGUGACCGCCUGUACGUGAUUUUUAAUGCCGAGAAGCUGGAAGACAACACAUUCGCAGUCUACCCGGCCAGUAGCCCGACAAAGGCUUCCCGAGCUCAUGGUCCAAGUCCGGCCAAACACACAGUGGCGGGCCCAUCAGGACAGGUUGUGGCGUGUUUCGACGUGGCGGAAGAGGAAAGGUUCUCUCGUAGCAUGUGGGAGGACAGCGGCGUGACAAGUUCUCAAGGACCUGCUCACGGGGAGAUGGGGCGGAACCCGUCCCGUCUACUUGGUCUACUCGUUAACUUUUGCAAAGUUGGUCAAACUGUUUUCUUCUUUGGGAAGGCGCAUGCGUACCGGUCGGAACGUCGUCGCGUUGGAGAAGGAGGCGAAGAUGAUCGAUUACCUUCACGGAGAAACCUGGUGUUCACUGUGCUCAAUGAGUACACCGGUCCACCCAGGGAGUCUGUCUCGCACUUCCUGAGAAGGCUGGAGCACGUUUACUUCACGCUGGCCGAACCUCUCACUCUCGAAAACUACAAGUCACAGUUCGACGACGAGGACCCUUUCGACGCUGACGACAUGGAGGAGCUGAGCGACCCUGAAACCUUUGAUUUCGAGUCCAUGCCACUUCCUCGGGUGGUUGGAAAGGUUGGUGAUAAAGAGGAAGGUGGCCCUCGGAGAUAUAGCACGUCCCCUGCCGGUUUGAAGCGUGUGUUUCGGGGCGAACCAGUCGACGACCAAUUGUUUGAUGAUGGGGAGGACGAGAGAGACUAUGAUCACGAACCUUGUGACAGGCUCCCUGUGGACCAUGACACCUGGCAAAAUGACAGACUCUACUUCUUCGGCAAGCAUCACCGGUUCACGUUGGAGGAUGUCUGGGGACACAACGUCGUCUGGCACCCGAGGAUAUUCCAACCUGCUGUGAGGAAUGGAAUAUGGGUCAUGGCAAUAAAGGAGGCCGAUGGCAAGUGGAGUGGAUUGAAGAGACAGGGAGCGGGUGCAUUUAAGAGAAAGGCAAUAACUGCUCUGGUGGAGCAUUUGAGUCUCAUGAACCCCGAGAGGAACGAUCAAGAUGUCGAUGCGUAUGCAGAACAAAAGCUUCAUGAGUUGUACGCCAACAACAUGUUGGAGUUUCGAGCGCCUUUCUACGCACUCGAAACGGCACCGUCUCGUGGCAUUGACUGGCGCAUGCCGCAACCUCCGCCGGUCGGUCAUCAUCCGGGAGGGGGUGGUGGAGGAGACGAAGGAGACGGCGGAGGUGGCGGAGGAGACGGCUCACAGUUUGCCGGAAAGGGGACGGGCGAAACAUCGUCGGUUGAGAAGGCGUCCGGCGGAAAGCGGUCGGACGGAAAGGGGUCAGGCGGGAAGGGGUCGGGCGGGAAGGGGUCGGGCGGAAAGCGUAGAACGUCCGGGAGUCCCCAAUAUAUGGAAGCUGACCCCCACUGCGUAGGGAGUCGAGAUUCCGACAUGCGAGACGAGGCCACGCGGACGUUUGAUCAAGUGCGAGUAGAUUCGCACUUGUCUGCGAGGAGUUUGUUUCCCCUUGGCCAGGAGAGUCCAUCCCGCCGUGCGCAGCAGAGGUCUCCUGUGCUCAGCACCUUGCUCCUGAAAGAGGGCGCGUCUUCGUUUUGCCUGGAGGGCGGGAUGCCUGCAUUGCGAAGGAGCGAAGGUGCGACCUCCGGUUCCCUCGGCUCGGGCGACCGCCACAAACUCCGAAUACAUUCGGAUUUGCUGCCGUCGCCCUACGCCAUAAGUGCUCCUCACGCAACAUGGCUCCACACACGAGCGCUGGUGAUCGGGACGUCUGAAGAGGUUCUGCACAGUUGCUCGACUGUGGCCACGAUGCGAGAGGGUGUCGUUAAGGGAGGUAAGUGGACGUCUGUGCAAUCGCCCGUUCUUGGCGACGAUGAAGACGAAGAAGAACCCGCGGUGGAAGCUCGGGUUCAUGGCGAUGAGAAAGGUGGAGAACCUGUGGUGGAAGGCCGUGAGGUGAAUGUCGACAUCCGGACGGAUCCACAGCGAAAAGAUGGUGAUUCUUCGCCCACUCGUUGCGGUGAAGAACAGGGUGGUCAAGCGUCUGUCCUGAGCACCGCUCAGGGAAUUGUGCUUCAUGAAGCCACAGAGUUGGGUGACGACUCGGCAGCCACCGAGCUGGUUAGCGACUCAGGCGUGACCGAGAUGCAGAACGUCGAAUCCUCCGUGGAAGGCGGUGAGGUUGCCGUCAGCAUGAAGAUGGAUCCAGAGCGGAAAGAUCAUGAUUCUCCGUCCACCCGUUGCAGUGCCGAACAGGGUGAUCGAGCAUCUGUCCUCAGUACCGGUCGGGAAAUGGUGCUUCAUGAGGCCAUCGACUUGCCAAGCGACUCAACUGCCACUGAUCUGGUUAGCGACACAGCCGUGGCCGAGGCCCAGAACCUCGAAUCGUCUGUGGACGUUGGCGCAGUGGCGCGACAGGAGGGCGAGUUCCCUCAAAGGGCUCCCGAGCACGGUGUGAGGUUGUUAAUUUCCCUGCCCAUGAAGCCUUUAAAAGCCGUGCGCGAGAAACGUCUUUCAGGGAGGUCAUUGGCCGCUUCACCGAAGAAGUCGUCAAGUGUAGGGUUGUUUAAAAGGGUCCAGAUGCCUCGCCUUUUUCAAAGAGCUGUCAAGGUUCUCAAGGCUUGUGGAAUAGAUAAGGAGGAAGAUCUGCGGAAACAUUUGGCUGCGUCUAUUGAGAGCGUUACUGCUUUGUAUGACGGGUCUGAUGAUGAUGGCAAACGCGGUGUCUUGAAAGACCCGUGUCCUAAGUACAUCGCGAAGGACACAUUCAACAAGCGGGGAUACAACUUUUCUGGGAAAAGGGCAGACAGUUCUUAGCCAUUCCACCACGGGGUUUGUGCUUACUCC